AAACCAAAAAAAAAAAAAAAAGAAUAGAGAUUUCUUAGAGCGUUUUUGUUGGGGUUUUCUUUUUGUUCGUCUUUUAUGAUGAACCGGACGCUGACAAACCCCGACAAAAAGCCAUACCUUUUUGAAUAGCUUAGAUGUGCACGGUAAAUGUAAACUUUUAGUAUUUCAGAUGUUUAGAAGUUCUUUAUUUCACCUUACUGAAAAUUGUCAGGUUGAUUUUGUGCUCCGUAGAGAAAAAGAUACAUAGAGAUCCUUUUAAGGUUUUAGCAGCUGGUUAAUGUACCAUCGAAAUAUAUAAAUACCUUUUUUAAAGUGGUACUAACAUCCAAAAUAAAAUCAAUUCUUCAUCCUCCUCCAUCCCUGCUAACCAGUGUUGCUUUCAGUGUACACCAGGAAGAAAAAAAAUGAAAUAACACGAUCAUUGAAAUUGUUUUUCCGUAAGGCUGCCACAAAGGUAUUGGCUCUCCUUUCCCAAAGAUUGCUGGCAAAUCCUCGAGCUUCAUACAUGCUACCAGCAAGUCAUCAGUUUUAGAUUUUCUGUAUCCUAAUGUGCUUUCGUUCCCAGUCUGUCUUUGUUUUUCUUUUACCUACAUCAAGAAAUGUCAUACUUUAUUGUGUGCCUACUCCAAUAAAGGCUCCGUGAAUGCUGAUUCCUGUACUCAAACUUCACAGAUUCUAACUUGGUACCUUGGUAGGUCUGGAAGGUGAACUUUUGAAUAAUUGCAUUUUAACGGAAAAGUUAGAAUAUUCUGCCAGAGGUUUAAAAACAUGGCCUUCCUAGAAAAUCCUGGUAAUAUAUUGCUUAAAGACGUGCAACUGGAACCAGACUUCUUGUUUAGCAUUCCCAUCACUUCCACCUAGUCACUGGGUGACCUUGACUGGGGAAGUUGUUAAGCCCCUGACUCAGGUCUCUUAAAUGUAUAAUGGAGAUAAAGCCUUACUUGUGGGAUUAUUGUGGGAAUUCAGUGGAUUAGUACAUGUGUAAUGCAUAGUAAAUGAGAACAGAUGUCUAAAAUACAGCUACUAAACAUGGUACAACCGUAUUAUAUGUAUUUUCAUUAACCUUUACAAUGUAUAUGAGGUACCUACAGUCUUCAGAUAAGUAAACAAAGAUCCAGUAAUUUGUUCUUAUGUAACUAGUAAAAGUGAAGAUCUGAAACUAGAUUUAACUAAAAAAUUAAAUUAUUUAGGGGCUGUGUGUGUACAUGCUUUAUGAAAGUCAGAGCAUUGUGAUCCUAUGUGUAGAGACCUGUAAUCCUGGGGAUUAUCCAUUGUGAGAGUCAUUUUUUUUUCUUCUCUGUCAAUUCCAGGGGUCAAAUACAAGUUCUCAGACUUGAUGGCUAGAACCUUUACCAGCUGAUCUUCUUGUCCUAAGAUAAACAUUUUUGCAAGUAGUUCUUUCUGUCCCUUUCUUGAGUCUCCAACUGCUAUUCCAUAAAAUUUCCAAUAUAUGGAUGGUUCAAAUCUCAGCUUUCUUAAACAACAACAACAAAAGCCCUUUACAGCCUGGCUGCGGACAGUCUGAUUCCAAGCUCUGUUUUCAAGUGACACACACUCUAUAUAGAGCCAUAUUUGAGAAAAAUUAAAGUAACCCCUGGAGAAAUUUCAAAUAGAAAAAGACCAAUGUUUAUUCAUAUUCAUGACAUAUUAGCUGUUUUAUAUGUCUUUUUUCACUUAAGCUAGAUAACAUUAUCUCUAUAUUAAGAUAAACAGAGUUAACCAAAAUAUUUAAUUUUUAAAAUGUAUUUUUUUAUAUCUGUUGCUAUUUGUGAAAAUGAAUGAUGUACAAUAUAAUUAAAUAAUGAGUGAGAGAGAACUAAAUAAACAGAAAGCUUGCUGUUCCAUUUACUUACAAGCUUAAGACCUAACCAUCUUGCCUACAUUCUCUUCUGUAAAAACCUGUCCAAUAAUGUUGGGCCAUCCUUCUAAAGACCAGUGGGUAGGCUUAUCUGGAGCAAACAAUAUUGUACCAUUCUACAGAGAAGAUGGUGUAUGUUUUUAAAUCAGAGCGUGUGUCCCUGGCACAGUCUAGAUUGUUCACAUGGUUUCUUCUUGAAUUCUAGAGUUGGAAUACUACAAGAUUUUUGUGUGUUAGAAUGACGUAAGAAUCCUGAGCAGUGGUCAUAGCGAUCCUGUGUGUAGAGACCAAGAGAAACUGUUUCCAGAGGGUCUUUUGUAUAUGAAAAUCAGUACACACUGGUAACUUGGUUAGUUUUCCUUUUAAUUUAAAGGGAUAUCACUAAUAUAAAAAUUUACCUAGUAAUUCAGUUUGUAAGUAUUAAACUUCAUUCAUCUUAGGGAUUUAGUUAAAUGCAUCUUAGUGAUGAUAUUCUAUUGUACAAAUGUGCUACAGUGUUUAAAUCUAUCCUUCUAUUGAUGCAUAUUUAGAUCACUUGUGGGUUUUUAGCCAUUACAGAACAAGCUACUGGGACAUUUGUAUGCAGUGACUGUACUUUCAUCCAAUAUUUGAUAGACAUAGUUUUACAUUUAACAUUUUCUAGGUAAAAUUAACACGGAAUUAACCAUUGUUAGUAUACAGUUCAGUGACAGUACAUUUAUAGUGUAAAGUCAUCGCCUCUGCCUAGUUAAAAAAAUACCAUAUCACAACAGGAAAGGUAGCUAAAGUUUUCAGCCUUUAUGAGCCUCCCAUUUCAUAGAUGUUAUUAAUUAUGGUUUUCUAUUUUGUUUACUUUGGUCAAGAGUGUCAAUCAGAUCAUUUCAAAUCAGAUCAUUUCUUUGAGUCUUUGUGACUCUUGUAUUAAUUUUGUUCUGUUCCUUCUGUCUGCCGCUUUGACACUUAGAUUGUUUGUUUUUCUUAUUCUUUGAAGUGCGUCAUUGAGUUCUCUCUGCUUUUAAUAACAUAAGCCUGCAUAGCCAUGAACUUUCCUCUGCUUUUACUGCUUCUUUUUAGAGACUAGAGACUCUCACAGGCCGUGAGCCACUGAGCUAAAGCCGGUCCUGCUUUUACUGUUCCUUAAAGGUUCCAAUAAGUUAUAUUUUCAUUUUUACUUGAUUCUAAAAACUUUUAAAUAAUUACUUUGAGUUCAUCAAUGAAUGAUCUAGUGAUUCAGCUUCAAAAUGUAUGAUUUCUGUAGUUUUUAGCUGUUGAUUUUUAGUCUUCUUUCAUUAUGACCUGAUUAGAUACAAGAAAUUAUUUUAUUUUUUGUGGGUUUUGGCAUUCUUCCAAUCUUUCUUAAGACUAGUCUGUUCUUUGUUAGACUGACUCAUAUACACACAAGCGAACUAAAGACGCUAAUUGCUGUUAACCGUCUUUCCUUCGAAGGUCUAAGAAAUCUUUCUUUUUUGUAUGAUUUCUGUAAGUAUAUGAAUGGUUUGCUUGCAUGUGUGUCUGUACACCACAUGCAUGCCUGGUGCUUAUGGAGGUUCCAGGGUGUGUUGGAUCCCCUGGAUCUGGAGUUAGAGACAAUUGUAAGCCACUUUGUGGGUGUUAGGAACUAAACUUUGGGUCUUCGGCAAGAGCCGUGUUCUUAACUGUUGGCUGUCACUCCAGCCCUCUAACAGUCUUACUGCAUGUUAACAAAGACCUUCUUGUUUGUUUGUUUUUCUAGAAAUAUACUGUUUUUUUAAGACAGGCUCUCACUAUGCAGACGUGGCUGGCCUGGAGCUCACUGUGUAGACCAAUCUAGUCUUGAGCUCACAGAAAUACACCUGCCUCUACCUCUUGAGUGCUGUUACAGAUGUGCACCUCCUUGCCCACCAAGAUGGACUUUCAGAAUUCAUAUUUAGAUCUGUAAUCCAGUUUUUGUCUUUUGGUGAGAUGAUAUUAGCAAGCACUAAUCACACAAUUCAGGGCAUCAGGCCUUGCCUACUGAAACAUCCAAGUGAAGUGGGAGUAAGCUGUGGGAGAGACUUAGAGAACUCUUCACUGUGGCCUUUUAGAACUUAGAUUGUUAGUGAUUUCUCAAGGAAGGAAAGAGUUUGACGUUGUUAUUUCUGAGACUGAUACUAUGAGCGCUAUUGAGGUAUGUAACUUUAAAAAUAUGUGGGGCCGGGCGGUGGUGGUGCACGCCUUUAAUCCCAGCACUCGGGAGGCAGAGCCAGGCGGAUCUCUGUGAGUUCGAGGCCAGCCUGGUCUCCAAAGCGAGUUCCAGGAAAGGCGCAAAGCUACACAGAGAAACCCUGUCUCGAAAAACUAAAAAAAAAAAAAAAAAAAAAAAAGAAAUAUGUGGGUAACUUUUUUGUUUGUUUGUUUUUGCUUAUGUUUUAUUCUGUAAACUUGUUUGAAAUGAAGGGAUCGCAGAUGGGCACGGUGGUGUGACCUUUGUAAUAGGUAGUCUGAGGCAGGCUUGCAAGUUGGCUGUCCCUUUGUCAGGAAAGGUGAAAUAAGAGCAUUUGCCUAACAUUUAGGGUGCCUGGGCUCAGUCCCUAAUAUGAGAGGGAGAUCCUAAAUCUGGACUUUAAAAUGAAAAGCUUUUUUCAAAAUCAAGGCGCUAAAAAGUCUAAUGUUAAAAAUAUGAGCUAGAGCUGUAUGUGGUUACCAUACCCUUAAUCCCAGUACUGGGGAUGCAGAGGCAGGGGGAUCUCUGGGAUUUCAAGGCCAGCCAUGGCUAUAGUAAAACCCUGUCUCUAAAAUAAAAGUAUAAACUAUAGGAGUGAUAAUAUUUGGGUAAUUGUUUUUAUUUCAAUCCUAGAAGGAAGUCGCAGCAUAAGAAAAUAGUGUAAGCUACUUGUGUGUACCCUGUGUCUUGAGUCAGUGCGUUUUUUAUCAUUUACAUGGACGGGCUUAAAAACACGAGGAGUAAGCCUAUAGUUGGAUAAAGCUAGGUAUACUGACUGCAGUGAAAUUACAGAGCAGAAGCCAACAAACCAAAUCAAAUGACUGUGAAAGUUCUCGUCUACCCCAGGGUACUAUUGCACAUUUGAGUCAUGGCAUAGAUAUGACUUGAAAAACUGAUGUUUGAUUCUGACAUACACUGGAUAAUCUUAGGCUAACCAGCAAUGAACAGGAAACCUCAGACAACUUUUUAAAAAAAUUUAAGUAACAUGGUUGUCUGUAUAAAGAAUUGGUCAGACCUUUAUGACAUCAUUCACCAAGAGAGAUUCCUUGAGUCAUUGUAGUAGGAAAAGGCCAAGCGUGUGUAGCCGUGGGGGGUCUCUUUAUAAAGAAAAUGUAUUCUAGAAUGCAUUUUAUUACUGUAGUCAUACAUACCAGUCACCUCCAGCAAAUAAUGAUUUGCAAUACACUGAAUAAUACGGUAAUGUUACUCUCAGAAAACUUGCCAGAGUCGUUUGUGUUGUGAACCUUGGGCAUUAUUUUAUGUUAUAAUAAGCCCAACAAUUAGCAAUAGCUAGAUAUCAUUAGUCACAGUUGGGACAGAUAAUGUAAGUAUAAGGGGACUUUAAAAUUUUAUUUUUAUUGAUUUUACUUUUUAACCAAUACUUUAAUAUUUAUUUAGGAAUAUGGAAAUCAGGCAGUUCUCUGUGUAGGACUUUUUGGUGCGUUGCAGGGCAUCCCACAAUCCUAAUAUUUGUUUUAAUAAUUAAAUAUUCUUUCCAGUGUUAAAGAAAUCCUCAAAUUCUACCACCCUUCUUAAACUCUAUUUGUUCAAAAAGUGAGGAAGUUAACUACUGUACUGUAGUAUGAAAUGAUUUUAUAUGUCUUGACUAUAUUCAUAUACUGACUGAAUUUAAGAAAAAUGGUUAGAGAUUUUUGAAAUUAAGAUAUUAAUGUUCUUGUUUUUCCUAGUAAAAUGAACAAAAAUAAACCUGAUAACUCAAAAAGUCUUGCUUGUGUUUUCUGUCGAAAAAACGAUGACUGUCCCAAUAAAUACGGAGAAAAGAAAACUUAUGAGAAAUGGAAUUUCAGUGUCCAUUACUACUGUUUGUUAAUGUCAAGUGGAAUUUGGCAGAGAGGUAAAGAAGAAGAAGGAGUUUAUGGCUUUCUAGUAGAAGACAUCAGGAAGGAGGUCAACAGAGCUUCUAAACUGAAGUGUACAGUUUGCAAGAAAAAUGGUGCAUCAAUUGGAUGUGUUGUACCCCAAUGUAAGCGAAGUUAUCACUUGCCCUGUGGACUUCAGAAAGAAUGCAUUUUCCAGUUUACUGACAAUUUUGCGUCAUUUUGCUGGAAACAUCGUCCGGUUCAAGCAAUUACAUCUAAGUUUAGAGACUCUUUACCAUGUACCAUCUGUUUAGAGUUUAUUGAACCCAUUCCUUCUUACAACAUACUGCAAAGCCCCUGCUGUAAGAACGCCUGGUUUCACAGAGACUGUUUACAGGUGCAAGCAAUAAAUGCAGGAGUGUAUUUCUUUAGGUGUACACUAUGCAAUAAUACCGACAUCUUUCAGAAAGAGAUGUUGAGAAUGGGAAUUCAUAUUCCUGAAAAAGAUGCAUCCUGGGAAUUAGAAGAAAAUGCCUAUGAAGAACUGCUGCAGAGCCAUGACCGUUGUGACGUUCGAAGAUGUCACUGCAAAGAAGGGCGAGACUAUAAUGAACCGAAUAGCAAAUGGGAAGUAAAGCGCUGUCACUGUUGCGGAUCGAGUGGAACCCACUUAGCCUGCUCCUCCCUACAGUCAUGUGAACAAAACUGGGAGUGUUUGGACUGUAGAAGAAUCAGCUACAAUCCAGAUUUCCGAAAGGCCUCCAAACACCCAUUAGCCAACUCUACUAAUGUGACAGUUACUGAUUGCCUGUUGGAAGAGUCCUCACCUAAGCUCCCCAGACAGUCACCUGGAGCCCAGCAUAAAGAAUUACUGAGGCAAGGCAACAAAUUUAGGAGAGACAUUUCAACAAUAUUGGUAGAGUUAGGAGUCCAAAUUAAAAAGAAAGCUAAGAGAUUAUACAUUAACAAAGCCAAUGUGUGGAAGAGUGCCUUAGAGCAGUUCCAGAGUCAGAAGUUUAACCCUUCAUGCACCAUUGAAGUAGUAUAUGUUAAUGAAAAUGAUAAAUUUGGAAGAGAGCAUCCUGGAUCAAAGCAGGAAUUUCUGAGUCACUUAAUGCAACAUCUUGAGACUUCACCUUUGUUUGAAGGGCCUUUGUCAAAGAACUUGACUCUAAAUUCUCAAGCUCUGCAAGAGAACCUUUACUAUGAAGCUGGCAAAAUGCUUGCCGUUUCUUUAGUUCAUGGCGGCCCUGCACCUGGUUUCUUCUCUGAAACGUUGUUUAACUGUCUUGCUUAUGGACCAGAAAAUACCCUUCCAAUAUUAGAUGAUGUUUCAGACUUUGAUGUGGCACAAAUUAUAAUCAAGAUAAACACCGCAGCUAAUUUGAACAGUUUGAACUCAGUAAUAAACGAAUGCUAUAGCUACCUAGAAGUUAUUGGAUGCUUAAGACUUAUAACGACAUUGAGUGAUAAAUAUAUGUUGGUAAAAGACAUCCUUUUCUACCAUGUAAUUAAGAGAGUCCAAGCACCCUUUGAGAGUUUUAAGCAGGGUCUGAAAACGCUUGGUGUUUUAGAGAAAAUUCAAACUUACCCAGAAGUAUUUUAUAACAUCCUUUGUCAUAAACCUGAGAAUCUUUCUGCAAAAAUCCUUAGUGAUCUUUUCACAAUCCAGGGAUUACCAGAUGUACAAGCUUUGAGGUUUUGGAACAGUUACUUACAGGCUAUAGAAGAUGGUAAAUCGGCAACAACAAUGGAAGACAUUCUUAUUUUUGCAACUGGAUGUAGUUCCAUCCCACCUGCUGGAUUUAAACCCCCUCCUUCAAUUGAAUGUCUACAUAUGGAUUUUCCUGUUGGAAACAAAUGUAACAACUGUUUAGCUCUACCAAUCACCAACACAUAUAAAGAGUUUCAAGAAAAUAUGGAUUUUGCCAUAAAAGACACUCUAAGACUAGAAAAGGAAGAAGAGUCUCGAUCACUCCCUUGGACAUUAAAGGAUUCUUCUAAUGAAGAAAUGCUUCUUUAAAGGCUGCUAUUGAUAACUGUAUCUAUUAAUCAUCACUUUUGAACAUUCUGGCCAGCUUCUUGGCUCAAUAAAAUUUAUGUCUCUCUUCUAAAGGGAUGUUUUGGCUUCUGAACCACUGAGGGUUUGGUCAAGACAUUCUGGUCGUAUUGGGUGAUAGCUUUCUGUUAUUGUGCUUUCUUCAUAACUUCAGUGUAAAUAUUCUAGAAUGGUUGUGCGAACUAUUCAGCUGUACAGGUGCUCAGCUAUAUCAGCAUGACAUAAGAAAACCUCUGUCCUCGCUUUUCAAAUUAGAUUUACCGGUAUAGAAUGAACGACAUAGCUUUUGCAGUUUUCCAUUUUUUUGUCUGUUUGUCUUUUUUUGUUAUUUGUUUUUCUCUACAUAGCCCUGAUUGUCCUGGGACUGGCUAUGUGAACAAGGCUGUCAAAUUUCUAUAUUUUAAAGCAUUAAAUAGAAAAGUUGGAAAGUCAUCUCAUAAAUCAGAGCUAUGGAUAUGCUUUUCUAUGGUUUAAUUUUUAAAUGUUUUUGUAAUUAAGUGACCAAUCCAACAAUUAAAUAAUGACUAGCUGGAAAUUCUGUAUAAAAAGCAGAGCUAUACAAAUAACUCUGGAAUUUAUGGGUACUGCUGAUAUGUUUGCAGGUGUGCUUUUAAAUGCCUUAGAAAGUACAUUUUGUUCAAUGUCUUGUAUAGUCAGUGUGUCUCACAUGUCUGAACAAUCUCUGACUGUCGUGGUUUGGCUACAUUACAGCUAUUUAUUAUCAAGAUCGUUGUACGAUUGGUAAGAUCUUACCGUAGCAUUCUAUAUUUACUUUCUUUGCUUUCAAAAGUUACAUUGUAUAAGCAAUAAAUAAUUUAAAACUACAAAUAGUAAAAAAAAAAAAAACUCUAAUUUUGCCACAUAGAUAUGUGUAAUGUAUUUUGUAUAUUCUUUAUAAACUAUUUAUUUUUCAAUUUUUAUUGUUUUUGUGAUAGGGUCUGUCUAUAGAGCCUUACCUGUUCUAAAUGUGCAGUCCUCCAGCCUUAGUCACUUAGAUGCUGGGGUUAUGAUGUGCACCAAUGUUCCCAGCAAUGGUUACUCUUUUGACUAUAUGAAUAAUACAAGAGUAACAGGAAUCGUGUGCUUAAAUCAGCUCGAGAUAUUUAUAUGUAGUCUCUAGCAGGGUAUCAUGGCACACACCUGCAAUCCAUGCUCUUGGGAGGCUAAGUCAGGAGGAUCCAGAGUGACAGAGCAAUUUUAAGGCCACUGUGGGCUACAAGAGACCCUGCCUUGACAAAUAAGUAGAGGAGCCACCCACAGUAACGUCUUCAUAUUUGUGGCCUUACAAAUCUAGUGCCCUAAUCUAUUAUAAAAUAUAAGGAAGAUGAAGCCCCAAGUUUCACUUUAAAAUAUCAUGGGAGGUUAAGGGGGGAAAAAAAAACAGAACUGAUUUGAUAUUGGUAAUGUGCUUCUUAAUGCCAAAGGAAAAAACUCAAAUGUAAUCAUAGUAUCAUUUUGUCUGUUACCUCAGAACCCUUUGAGUUGUACUUAACAGAACUAAUAAAGUUCCUUUUUUUUUUUUUCAGACUUGAGCAUUUAGCAUUAAGGCAUUUCUUUAUCUUGAAUUACAUUUUGCUGGAUUUUCAAAAGUAAUUAAAUGAUCCAUCUUCGAAUACUUUAAACCACAAACUCAGCAGGCAGGUUUAAUUCCAAGUGUGUUGAUAAGUGGGAUCUUGACAUCUUAACCUAGUUAGUUCUCACGUUUUAAAGGCUGUUGUGUUAGGAUAUGGAGCCUUGGGCUGCCUACAAGUUGUAUUUCGCUGUUACUGCACUUAUUGUAUCUGUAACCAGGGCCUUAGUGGUAAGAUGGUAUCAGUAAUAACAUGAUAUUUACUUCUUAAAGUGAAACAAUCCGAUUGUAAAAGGUAUUCUGGUUUGAAGGUUUUGUUAGCAUGGACGUAGGUUAAUCUUUACAAUUGAGGCUUAUCAGUGAAACUGCGUUACUGUGUCAUAAUUUUUCCUGUUCUGUGUUAUAGCAUAGUUCUUACAUUCAAUUUUAAGUACUUAGUUUCAGUAUUAUGAAGGAACAGUGUUGUGUUUGGUUAAGUAAAAAGCCUGCACUAG